AUGCUGUCGUUCUUGGGGCACCGUCGUGCGUGCGUUGCAAAGCAGAGGGAGCGUGAAGAGCGCAUCCGCAGCUUACCGCCAGAAUACCACGCUCCGCUAUCUCUGGACGAGGAGCGGAUCCUCUCGCGGCCUGCGUCCGAAGUCAUCGCGAGCGUACAGGCAGGCACUCUGCUCCCGACCCAGGUCCUUCUGGCAUAUAGCAAGAAGGCACUGAGGGCGCACGCAGCGACGAACUGUCUCACAGAAGUACUGAUUGCGAAGGCGGAAGGAUGGGCGAAGACGUGCAACACCGAGGGCCCGCUCGCAGGGAUGCCCGUGAGCCUGAAGGACACGGUGGGCUUCGAGGGCGAAGACUCGUGCAUCGGAUACUCGGCGUGGGUGGGCAAGCCGAUGCAGAAGGACGCCGCUAUCGUCAGGCUCCUCAAGGAUGCCGGCGCGGUUCCGUUCGUCAAGACGAACAUCCCGAUCACCCUGCUCUCGUUCGAGUCGGCGAAUGACGUCUUCGGCACGACGACAAACCCGCACAACAAAGACUAUUCUCCGGGUGGCUCAACAGGCGGCGAGGCUGCGCUGCUUGCAUAUGGGGGAUCGCGCCUUGGGAUAGGCACAGAUGUCGCAGGUUCGGUGCGCGCGCCGGCACACUUCUCUGGGGUGUAUUCUAUCAAGGCGUCUAUGCACAGGUUCCUCAAAACGGGGAAUGCCACCAGCAUGCCGGGUCAAGAGGGAAUCCCUGCAGUAUACUCGCCAAUGACGCGAACGCUGGAAGAUCUGGAGACGUUCUGGAGGGCCAUCUUCGUCAUGAAGCCGUGGAAAUAUGACCACUCUGUACUGCCUAUCCCAUGGAGAGAGAUAGACCUGGUCCAUGGCAAGCCGAUUCGUUGGGGUGUGCUAUGGGAUGACGGUGUGGUCGCUCCCUCUCCUGCUUGUAGGCGAGCACUGGAAACAGUGGUAUCCGAGUUGAAGAGUCGUGGUCACGAGGUUGUCGACAUCGAUCCUCCGAACCCUUACGAGGGACUCAAACUCGGUUCUCAGCUUCUUCUCGCAGAAGGAGCCAAGUUGUCUAUGCGACCUAUUCGAUGGGGCGAGUCCAACGAUCCAGGCGUACGUCAAGCGAGACUCAUGUUCGCCAUGCCACGGUUCGUCAAGAGCCUCUAUGCCUGGUACCUUCGAUAUAUCAAGAAGGACGAGAUAUAUGCUGGGCUGAUAGACGGCUGGUAUGAGAAGACGACAGAACAAUACCUAGGUCUCGUCGCUCAGCGAGAAGGAUAUCGCGAACGCUGGUUCCAGAAGCUGCGAGACGAAGCCUUUGACUUCAUUCUGACUGUGCCCAAUGCCCUCCCUGCGACGCCACACAAAGGGAUGAAGGAAGGAUUCAGGGGAUGCGGCUAUACAUUCCUAUGGAACAUACUGGAUUACUCGGCUGGUGUGCUCCCCGUGACUCACGUCGACAAGGAUCUGGAUGCGCUAGGGAAGUUCGCACCUAGGAAUACUGUUGAGCGUGAUAUGUACAAGAUGUACGACGCCAACAAGAUGCACGGACUCCCGGUAGGCGUGCAAGUGGUGGGGAAGCGUCUUGAGGAAGAGAAGGUGUUGGAGGGCAUGAAACUGAUCGAGGGAUUAUUGAAGGAUGCGGGGAAGUGGUACUCCCUCUUGGAACCUAUUGACUGAUAUCGACUGGCUAAGGUCGUUGAAGUGAACGCAGACGCUUUCUCGUGUAUUUGUAGACGUUGGCCUGUAUUAGUUGGAUACCGUCAUUGUGUCAAAACUCUG